UUUCAAGGGUGGGUGGCGGAGAGGGAGGGACGGAGAGAACCUAACAGGUUGAUCCUUCCCCGUAGGGCUGGAAAAGCCGCUAAGGGCCUCAACUCUCAUGGCCUUGAACCCUGAGGACCCCUGUGGUGGGUUCCACCAUGCCAAGGUGGCGGACUUCAUCAACGAGAAGAUGGCUGGGCACGUGAAAGGCCCCGAGUUCUACAUCGAGAAUAUGUCCUCGUCCUGGGAGGAGGUGGAGGGCAAGCUCAGGGCCAUCCUGGAAAACAGCACUGUGUCCAGCGAGGCCAAGGAAGCCUGCGCCUGGGGCGGCCUGGCCCUGAGCGUGCGCUUCGCCUGCAGGCAGAGCCAUUUACAGGGGUGCAGGGUGCAGUGGCUGCAUGACUUCGCCAAGCUGCAUAGGUCGGCCGCGCAGUCCCUGGCUGCAGACCUGAAGGUGCUCACUGCGCAGCAGGAACUGGAGCGGAAGGACGCGGCUUCUCAGCUGCAGCUGCUCCGGGCCUCUCUGGCGGAAGUGCAGGAGGAGCGGGACCAGCUGAGGGGGAAGCUCCUCCAGGCUGAACUGCGGCAGCCAUUGGAGCGGACCACAGGGUGGCCAACUGUGGCCGCUGAUGAUGGGGCUGGGACAGAAGGAGAAGGCGAAGAGGAAGAGAAGGCGAUGGCGGCUCCUGCUACCACUGCUGCUGCUGAUGCCACAGGAGGAGAGGAGGAGAGGGAUGCAGCAGGAGCUACUACCACCCCUGCUACUGAGGCGACACGGGAGCUGAGCGGAAGCUUCCUGCAGCUUCUUGGAGCUGUGAAACCGAAAAAUUUCACCUCCGAAGGGCAGCGGGAGGGCGAGCUCAGGUCAUUGGGAACAGCCAAGGUUUAUUUCUCUGGGGCUGUGAAACCUGGGCCCACAGCCUCGCCGGCACACUUUCCUGUCCAACUCCCUGCCUCAUUCACAUACUCAUACCCCUGCCCCUCAUCCUCAUUCCCAGACCCACCCGCACCCACACCAUCCCCACGAACAGCCACGUUCACAGCAUCAGUUCCACCUCAGAUGGCUCCCCAUCGGGGGGCCUCUGAUGUUAGCUUUUGGUCUGAGGGAGGGGCCCAGGGAAUAGAUCCUCAAGAACCCCAAAGAAGCAGGAGAGACCCCAAAUUCCAUAAGCAGAGAAGAGCUCCAUUAGUGCGCAGGUUGGGAGAUUGGGACUGCUCUUGGUGUAAAGCUGUGAAUUUUUCACGGCGGAAAACUUGCUUCCGCUGUGGGAGGGGAAUCUGGCUACAAAAGUCUGAGUGAAUGCGGAAAUGUGAGCUGGAAC